AGUCCCACUUUUCGGUUGUGGAGUCCGAUCAACACGACUCGACAAGGUAGCAGCACUUUCGGACUCCGCUUUUCUGUUUUCUUUUUUCGGAAACCCUCAAACAGUAAAAAUGUCUGUCAAAAAAACCACCUUCAAGAAGCGCAUUCGUAAGAAUGACAUGAAACAGCGCCACCAGAUUGGCGCGAACCUGCGCAAGCGCAUGGGUGCCGCGCGACGUGUACACAACCGCAACGACCUGGUCGACGACUCUGCGCGGCCGAUGGCAAUGAUCGUGUCGGACAUUGCGGAGGGCACGGCGAUGCCGGUGCAGGAGGCAAUUCUCGAUCCUCGUGCGUUGACUGACAUGCUACUCCGUCCUGCUCCGCCUGCGGCAGCAGCAGCGGCAACGCCGAUAGUCACUGUAACGGCGACGUCGUCAUCGUCAACGAACUCCUCGGGCUCGAAGAAUCGCAAGGCGGCCGUCAGCGCACCACAGCUGGCCGCGGCGAGAAUUCUUCCCUCUGCUCCCCUCGCAGCGGACGAUCCACUCGCGCUGCCGGAUGCGAGCAUCUACGAAGAGGAGGAGCGUCAGCAGCGUCUCGCACGUGCGGCCGCCGGGCUGCAGAAGGAAAACAAAAACCUCUACAAGCACAGCGGUCAGGCAUACCUCUUCUGGGAGCGGGUGGGUUUGCACCCGGCGCUGCUGAAGGCGCUUCGCGACCUGCACUUCACCCACCCCACGCCGGUGCAAGAGGAGGUGUUGCCGAACGUGCUGGCUCACGACAACGAAGAGCUGGCGAAGCACCUAAAGGGCCAGGGCGAGAAGAAAAACAAAAAACACAAGCGCAGUGGUGCACAACACGGCGCGCAGGACGUUGUGGUGUCUGCUGAAACAGGAAGCGGCAAGACGCUCGUGUUCGCCUUGCCGAUUCUUCAGGAUUUGCUGAUGAAGAUGGAAAGGGACGGGGUCACGAUUGGCGUGCCAGCGAGCGAGGACAACAAAGCGGUCGCGUCUGAGUCUGCCGACGACGCGCAGAUGCCGACGUCUGCUCCUGCUGCGACGCUGCCGCGCGAGACACGGCAGCAGCGCCGCACGCGCAUCAUGCACUCCCUCAUCGUCUCCCCGACCCGCGAGCUGGCCCUCCAAAUUCACGCCGCCAUUCGCCAGCUGACAAAGUUCACCCCGCAGGUGGUCGUCGGCUGUGUGGUGGGCGGUAUGGCCCAGGAGCGGCAGCAACGCGUCUUAAACCGCCACCCGCACAUCCUCAUCUGCACGCCGGGUCGUCUGUGGGACUUGGUGCAGAAGAACGAGGGCUGCUACCUCGGCCACAGCAUCAGCCGCCGACUGCACUACGUUGUGCUCGAUGAGGCCGAUAAGAUGCUACAGUCGGGCCGCUUUGACGAGCUGCAAACGCUGCUGGAGCGCAUUCACUGCGAGGUGCUGCCCGCCGGCUUUGUGCAGGACCGGGAGGAGGGGGCGGAGGCUGGCGACGUGGAGGUCGAGAGCGGCCGCUGGGACGCCGAAACGCAACAGUUCGUGCCCUUCACGAGGGAAGAAGCUGCAGCUCACAAGACGCAGAAGGAGGAACCGACUGCCACGGCUCCUUCUGCGAAGGCAACGAGAAAGACCACCAAACGGUCUCGCGAGGACGUGGAGGUAGAGGAGAGUCACGAAACGACUCCCAAGGGUUCUCUGGGAGGGAAGAAGACGAAGAGCAAGAGCGUUACGGAGGGCGGCGACGAUGCGCGGAAGAUGAAGAAAGCAAAGCGGGCGAAGAAGGUGGGAAUGGAGUUUGGGGACGAGCUGGACGUUGCUGCCGACGCGAAUGCUGCCGUCGCAAUGGGAAAUGAAGAAGAGGAGGAGGGGGAGGAAGAGAGUGGCGAGGCACGCCGUCGCAAAGAUGAACCGCAGCCUAUUCCGAUGCCUCCUGAGCCGGCGGCGGAGCACCGCGUGGUCACCUUCGUCACCUCCGCCACGUUGUCCCUGCAGACGAAUUACGAGCGGCGUGACUACUCGGCCCGCAAGAGCGUCAUCCGCACCUCGAACGUGGACGUACUGAAUAAGGUGCUCCAACAGCUGGAGAUCAAGCCGAGCAACGCGCAGGUCUUCUCACUCACUGAGUCUGCCAACGUGGCCACCCGUAUUAAUGAGACGUAUCUGCGCUGCCCUGAUAACAGCAAGGACCUGUACCUCUACUACUUCCUCAAGACCUACAGCGAUGAUCGCGCGAUUGUCUUCGUGAACGCCAUUUCGAUGCUGCGGCGCCUGGUGAAGCUGCUGGAGGUGCUGGGCAUUGCGGUGGUGGGCUUGCACGCCUCCAUGCAGCAGCGCCAGCGUCUCAAGUUCAUUGACAAGUUCAAAACGGGCGAUAUUCGCGUGCUCGUGGCGACCGAUGUGGCGUCGCGCGGUCUCGACGUGGAUGGCCUGAAGUACGUCGUACACUAUCAGGUGCCUCGCACGACGGACGCGUACAUCCAUCGCUGCGGUCGUACCGCCCGGUGCGGUGGCACUGGUCUGUCCAUGCUGCUCGUCAACGCGCAGGAGCACAUGUCCUUCCGUAAACUGAUGGAGUCCCUCGGCCGCCGCGAGAGCGAAAUCGAGACCUUCGCGGUGCAGCCAACGGUGGUGCACCAGCUGAGCAGCCACCUCCGUAUUGCGCUGCAGAUCGACAAACUGCAGAAGGAAAUCGGCAAGAGCCAGGCCAGCAAUCGGUGGGUGAGUCGCAUGACGAAGGAGGCGGACAUCGAGACGGACGACAUGUACGAUGACACGGUGGACAGCGAGAACCGGCAGAAGCAGAAGGCAAUUCGCAUCUUGCAGCGUGAGUUGCAGCUGCUGACGAAGAAGUUCACAGGUCAGUUCGGCGGCAAGGGCGCCUUCCGUACAAGCGCGUACGCGCUGGGUGCUAAGGAGGCCGAGCAGAAGCUGAAAGAGCGGGCAGACCGUCAGACGAUUCGUGCGGGCGCGAAGACGAAGAAGGGGACGAAAGGCAGCAGGAAGUGA